UCAGAGUCCGUCGCCCGGCACCGGAAGUCGUUUUACUCUCAGGAAAGAUGGCAGACGUGACUGUGCGCUUUGCUCCUGUCGGCGGGUUUCAGUUCGGGAACUGCAGGCGAAAUGCCCUUUUGGAAAAGGAGUUCUUGCAGAAAGGACACAAGCUCCCUGGAGCUCGCAAAACCGGCACCACGAUUGCUGGCAUUGUAUUCAAGGAUGGGGUAAUCCUUGGUGCUGACACAAGAGCAACGGAAGGAAUGAUUGUAGCUGACAAGAACUGUUCAAAGAUCCACUACAUAGCUUCUAAUGUCUAUUGUUGUGGUGCCGGGACAGCAGCUGAUACAGAAAUGACCACCCAGAUGAUAUCUUCCAACGUAGAGCUGCAUUCUCUCUCUACAGGUCGUUUGCCUAGAGUAGCAACUGCUAACCGCAUGCUGAAGCAAAUGCUGUUUAGGUAUCAAGGCUACAUUGGUGCUGCGCUUGUGCUUGGUGGAGUUGACUGUUCAGGCCCUCAUCUGUAUAGCAUUUACCCACAUGGAUCAACAGAUCGACUACCCUAUGUUACAAUGGGAUCCGGGUCCCUGGCUGCAAUGGCUGUGUUUGAAGACCGCUACAGACCAGACAUGGAGGAAGAAGAAGCCAAACAAUUGGUACGAGAUGCCAUUGCUUCUGGGAUCUUUAAUGACUUGGGCUCUGGUAGCAACAUCGACUUGUGCGUGAUUACAAAGAAUAAGGUGGAUUACAUACGCCCUCAUGAUGUUGCGAACAAGAAAGGUGUAAGAUCUGGAAAUUACAAGUACAAGAAAGGCACCACUGGUGUUCUGUCAGAGAAGAUCACCCAUUUCAACCUGGAUGUAGUGGAAGAGAGUAUUCAGACUAUGGAUACUUCCUAAGGUUAUAGACCAUACGCCCUGUUUUGUACUGAGUCGUAAUAUGUCUAAUCUCUGUUACCUUCUAAGAGAUUCAAUAAAAACUGUCAUUGUUCUGUUUA